AUGAAUAUGGCCUAUUUCCAAGACCAUUCUGUGCUAAGUGAUCUUGUAGCUGUCCUCUUCCUCCAGCUGCUCACAGUGAUCUCAGCUCAAUUUACUGUGGUUGCACCUGCUAAGCCUCUCCUGGCCAUGGUAGGGGAAGAUGCCAUAUUACAUUGUCACCUCUUCCCCAAGAAAAAUGCUGAGCAAAUGGAGGUGAGGUGGUUCCGUUCCCAGUUCUCUCCAGCCAUUUAUGUGUAUAAAGAUGGGAAAAAUAGAGAUGAAGAACAAAUGGAAGAAUAUCGAAGCAGAACAACGUUUAUGAGAGACAAUAUCAAAGACGGACAUGUUGCUCUGAGAAUUCACAAUGUUACAGCUUUUGAAAAUGGAAGGUAUCACUGUUAUUUCCAAGAAGGCAGAUCAUAUGAUAAGGCCUUUAUAGACUUGAAGGUGGCAAGUAUGGGCUCAGAUCCCCUCAUUGAAAUUACAGGUUAUGAAUAUGGAUGGAUACAACUAGAAUGUACAUCAGCUGGAUGGUACCCCCAGCCCCAGGUAGAGUGGAGAAAUCUUUCAGAAGAAACGAUUCCAUCCCUGGAGGAAAACUUGGUUCCCAGUGAAGAUGGGCUGUUUGUUGUGAAAUUGUCUGUGAAUAUCACAGAUCACACAGUGGUUAGUGUGUUCUGUUCCAUUCAAAACUCCCUUCUCAACAAGGAGUUGUUGACAGUGGUGUCUAUACCAGAAACUGUUUGGAUUACAACUUCCAUUCCCUCUGAGAGCACUUCUGAAAUCCCAGACCUAAUAACAACUCCCAGUCCUGAAGAGGUCUCUACCUGGAUGGUUGCUCUCACUGUGGCCUUGCCAGCUCUUGGCCUUUUUAUUGCCUGUAGUAUUUGUUUCACAUGGAAACAACACAGGAGAAAAAAGACUCUAUUUAUAGAAAAAGAAAUUGAAUGCGAAGAAAAAGAUGAAAAGGGGCAAGGUAAAAAAGAAAAGGAAAGGCAAAUUCCAGAGAAAUUCAAGGAAGAGCUCAGAUGGAGAAGGACCCAGUUACAUGCUGCUGAUGUGACUCUGGAUGGAAAUACAGCUCAUCCUGAACUCUACCUCUCUCAGGAUUUGAGAAGUGUGAUUCGAGGAGAUACAAGGCAAGAUCUACCUGACAACCCUGAAAGGUUUGACUGUAGACCAUGUGUUCUUGGCUGUGAAAGUUUCACCUCAGGGAGACAUUACUGGGAAGUGGAGGUAGCAGACGUCAUGGUGUGGGCCCUUGGCGUCUGCAGAGAAAACUCUGAGCGAAAGGGGGAGGCCCUACUGAUUCCUCAAAAUGGUUUCUGGGUCAUUGAAUUGUUUGGAAAUAGAUAUCAGGCCCUUACCUCUCCUGAUAUUCUCCUCCCUUUGUCAGAUCACCUCUAUAGGGUGGGAAUUUUCUUGGACUAUGAGGCUGGAGAUGUCUCUUUCUACAAUAUGAUUGACAGAUCCCACAUCUAUACUUGCCCCCGAACCUCUUUCUCUGGGCCUCUCAGACCUUUUUUCAGGCUCGGGUCUGAUGACAACCCUUUGGUCAUCUGCCCAGCAUUCACUGGAGCUGAGGGAGUCACUAUUCCAGAAAGUGGCCUAAUCCUUUAUAGAAGACCCUACUGA